UGUUUAGUGUUUGUGGCAUUAAAUAUGUUUAGUUUAUAACAAAUACGAAAUAUUAUUGUACAAUGAGCAUCGUUAUAUUGAGAUUAGUAGCUCUUUUAGGGUGCUUAAGCCCAGCAUUAACACAAUUCAACCAGCUGGAACAGCGCAAUUGCAUUAUUCCCAAAAUACUGCAAGGAUCAUGGUUCUCCUGGGAAGUCGGCUUGCCUACCCAAACCAUAAUCGACGCAACUUCUAUGUCGACUCGAGGAUACUGUAUUAACUAUCAGCGCCACCACGGUGACGAGUACUCCUUUGUGUUCAAAGAGCGCUCUGUGGACUGCUACCAUUGUGUUCGAACAAUAAUACGCACACUAAACAUCUUUGAUAAGUUUGAGGGUCCAUGCGUCAGUCUUCCUCCUGGUCAGCAACCCACGGUCGAAAACGUGUGCAAAGGUAUCAAAGACGAUCAACAAUUGAUCACAUUGUUCAAUGAGAACUUCGUGCCAAUCAAUUGCCGUUCAUCCCUUGAGGGUGUGUGGCAUUUUACAUAUCAAAAUCGAUUCCGCUUCACGGGUGUGUGCAAUAAGCCGGAUGCGCGCAUACAGUCUUGUCAAACUGCUGGUACACAGUUUCUUAUACAGAAUCAAAAGUUCAAUAUAACUUAUCAAAAAUGUGAGGGAAUGGAGGGCACCUUCAGCGGGAAUGUAGAGUUCAGUUGUCUGGGUGAUUGGUUUGUUGGCAAGAAUCACUACUUUGCCGUGGCCAAUACCAAGGAAUCGCGUAAGGAUGAGAAGUACCGCUGCUUUCUAAAGAAUCGAGAUGACGAUUUGUACAUUGGUGUAUCUAUAACGGCCGAAUGUAAUACGCUCAAGACGCCUGAAGCCUCACCGGAACGUCUCAAGCUUACACCUGUAAAAGCGGAGUAUGUGGAACCAGGCUGUACUUUGCCUCAAAACUUUUCCGGAGAAUGGGUUAAUACAGCCAACAUUGAUGCUGAUGUUUCGAUAAGUGAAACACACAUCAAUGAGACGUAUUAUCCUGACAGGGCCCGUUACCGCAAGACUAUUUAUGUUUGCCGCGAGCGACGUGGAAAUCGAGUUAUGAUGGCUCGUCUUACUGUCGAUGGUUGUCAGAAAGAUUAUGUGUGCUUCGAUUUCAUGCCUAGGCAUCACAACAUUAUACGCUACCGCAAAGGCUUAGCUGUAAUUAAGGACGACUUUAGCACUGUAUGCUCUUGGGUACAAUUUCCCAAUUCAGAAGCAUGGAAGUACGACUUGUUCUUGGCCAGAAAUCCAGUCCCCGUACGAUGUCCAGUGGCUGGAAAGUUUAACUUUACACAAAAAGGUGAACAUCCAUUUAGAACCAGAAUUCUUGGGGGUGUAACAUUGAGUCCACGUCCCGAUAUCCAUUGCAAGCAAAAUAUAUCCGACAUGUCAGUGUGUGAUACGGAUCAGAAGGAGCUAGCCAUAGAUGAGAACUACUGUUUGUCUGUGGAUCAUUUGGGACGUCCUGUUGAUAUCUACAGUGAUCCUGAUUACCGCAUGAAAUGUAUUGGCUUCUGGAAGGAGAACCUAAAGUCUUACCUUAUUACUUACGAUGAUUUGGAUCCACUUUCUAAGUACCGCUGUUGGGUAUAUCAACGUGCCGACUUAAAUCGCGUGCUUAUGUCCCAGGCAGUUGGUGCUUUCUGUAAGAUCAAUCAAGAUGUGACGUCAUGGAAUCAUUCUGAAGGCGCUGCAGUCGCCAUAGAUGCAAUUGAGUACGAACGUGAGCGUGACGACUGUCCAAUGUACUUUGACGAUGGCUUAAAUCCUUGGAAACCAUCGGAUGCUUCAAAUAUUGUUUUUGAUUGGGAUUUCUACAAAGCAGGCGCGUCAAAAUUAAUCUCAGCCAUAAGUGUGCAAAUAGCAUGCUCCGUUGCAGUCGCUUUUGUGCUAGCCAAGUAUUUAGUCGCUCACUAAGAUAAUGUUCAAAGUAAUUUUUAGCAAUUUUAACAAACCGAUACAAGUUUUACAUUCCAUCCAACAAAAUAUUAUGUGUCUUAACCGAAUAGUGUCUUAUCAAAACUAGUUUAUAAGACAAACCUCAAUGUGAGUACAUUUUAAGACAAAUUUUAUUUUAUUCCGUCCACAAACGAAUCUCAAACAUGUUGUAUAAACGAUUUUUAAAGUUUAAUAAAUAAAAUAUGUAAAGAAAACUUAAA